AGGCUCCAUUUUAAUGGGCCAUUAUUAGAGCUGGCAAAGGCGCAGAUCAAACAAGCCAAAUAAACACCCACAAAUCCAUUUCAGCAAUGCUCGCUUUGUGGCAAUUAUUUCAUCACUUUUAGCUCAAUUCAGACUUUGAUACUGUGACAGAAUAGAAUUGCAAUAGCAUGAUGCUGAAAUGGCUAUUUAUCAUCGUUUGGGGACUGUUAAAAAUCCUGACAUUUUGGAUAUGUCCCCUGAAAGCUUUAUGUACAGUUCAUGAACUUUGUUCAUAGUUCACUUUGAUAUGGCCAUUGUGUUAGGUUUAGGGUUACAAUUAGGGUUAGAAUUAGGGUUUCAUAUGGUUGAUGUGCGUGUGUAUGUGUCUGCAUCUGAGAGAGAGAGAGAGAGAGAGAGAGAGAGAGAGAGAGAGAGAGAGAGAGAGAGAGAGAGAGAGAGAGAGAGAGAGAGAGAGAGAGGGAGAAAUUUAAGUUUUACACAUUCAAAUUGUCAAAUAGUGUAUUUGGUGUAUUAGGGGAAUGGAUAUUUUAUCAAACUGAGGAUGCAAGGGUUAAGUUACAGGGAACCAUUAUUUUCUCUUAUAGACACACCCAUCUUUAUUACUGACUGUGAAAGAGUAGGACAACCUUGACAUUCCCCCACACACGCUGUAUGUCGCCUCCGGGAGAUGGUCAUUUUCCUCUCCAUGCGAAUAGGAGGAGCCCUCUGUUUUACCCGACUGUGUCACUAACGAAGAGGACAAGCCCAGGUGCUGAGGAGAGGGAAAGGGCGAUAGGGGUGGUGUGGUUUCUGCAGGUAAACACUAGUAAUCCCGAGCACAGAGAGGCAAGUGCGGAGUUUAGCCCACACCCAGCACGCUUGCGGACACCGUACGGAUCCACCUGUGUUGUUGUAUCUUCCAUUUUCAGCAACCCGCGGGUGGGAAGCAGCCAAUGCCAAUGCGCUCUCGACUGUGGACCAUGUUCGCAGGUCAGAGGAUGCGUAAAAAUGCGUAGUAACUGGAAUAGCAGGUGCUGGAAGAAGGGCGUCCGACUGUCAACACGUCUAAACUGUGCGCAUAGCGCCGAGCGCUGAUGUUCAAACCAUGGAGAAACAAGCUCUUGCAACGGCUCUUAGCUUGUCCAUGAGCGUUAUCUCUUUACUCUUGUUGGUCACCGCUAUCUUCACCGACCAUUGGUACGAGACAGACACCAGAAGGCAUAAGGAGAACUGCGACAAGUAUGGGUCGGAUUCUAACGACCAGAAAAACAGGGAGAUGCCUAUAUACCACUUGCCUCUUGUGGACAACGGCAACUCCAAACGGAACGUGGCGCUUAUGAAGCCGAUUCACGUCGGGAGUAGAGAGGAGGAAUUACUUGAGAACUGGAGGGCAAUACUGGGGAUGGGGAUUCUUGAGACGGAAUGUGGGCGUCCGUUGUUCUCCACAUAUUCUGGACUCUGGAGAAAAUGCUACUUUCAAGGCAUGGACCGGGAUAUCGAUAAACUCAUAUCAAAGGGUAUUGCGGACCGAUGCACAACUGUCAAGUACCAUUUCUCUCAGCCUAUUCGGCUUCGAAACAUCCCGCUCAACCUGACGAGAACCAUUCAGCAAGAUGAAUGGCAUCUCUUACAUCUGCGGCGAAUCACGGCGGGGUUCCUUGGGAUGGCGGCCGCCGUUUUGCUGUGUGGCAGCAUUGUGGCCACAGUGGGCUUCUUUUGGGAGGAGAGCCUCACCCAGCACGUCUCCGGCCUGCUCUUCCUCAUGGCAGGGAUAUUCUGCACCAUCUCCUUGUGCACCUACGCCGCCAGCGUCUCCUACGACCUCUCCCGGAACCCACCAUUCAUCUAUGGACUGCCCGGCGACGUGGACCAUGGUUACGGCUGGUCCAUCUUCUGCGCCUGGGUCAGCCUGGGACUUACUGUGGCAUCGGGCUGCCUCUGCACCACCUACCCCUUCUUCAGCCAAACCAAGGCCCUGCACUCCAAAACCGCCCGGGAGUCCUCGGUAUGAGCGUUAUGAGCAGGUUGAGAGAAUCGUGCGCCCCCUGUAGAUUUGGAGGAUCUAGGAAGACCAAUAUAACAGGAGGUGUUUUAUUUGUACGAAACCAGAGAUGAAACAUAGUUUCCACAGUGAGAUAUGAGAAUCUUGUUGGUCUUUUUUGUAGACUCUCGCCAUCCUUAUCGAGGUGUUAUGGAAGGUGCAGCUGUUAGAAUGUGUUAUGUGUGUGUUUGUAAGUGCACACAGGCAAACUCACACAUACAUAUGGACCUACACAUGUGUACACAAGCACACACACAGUCUCUCUCUCUCUCUCUCUCUCUCUCUCUCUCUCUCUCUCUCUCUCUCUCUCUCUCUCUCUCUCUCUCUCUCUCUCUCUCUCUCUCUCUCUCUCUCUCUCUCUCUCUCUCUCUCUCUCUCUCUCUCUCUCUAAGAUAUGGAGAACAAUAUGAGAGUGAAUAACAUGAAACGAUGCAAAUACCCACACAGGCAUACCACACACAAAAAACAUGUGUGUAUAUAUUAGCAUAUAUACGAAAAAAAGGUAGAAUUCUUUAGGGUGGUUUGGUAAGAUUGAAUCAAAUGGACAUUGUAUAAAACUACUAGUAUCACUUUAAAAGCAAGAACCCUCCUUUUUUUCAGAUGUAAGUGAUAUAUUUUCUAAACUCUUAAGUACAAAACUCUAAACUGAUAGCAUGUGUAAUGCCCCCUAUCUUAUGUCCAGAACCUUUGAUUGUGCAUUCAUUGGGGUUUCACAUCUUUGUUUUCCAUUAAAUACCAUGAGCACAUUUUGGUUAGCCACCAAUACAUCAGAUAAUGAUCGGCUCACCAUGUAGUCAUUUUAACUACUAUUUUCAGUUGUUGUUCUUUUCAAUCACUUUCGUGCAAUUUUCACUGGUAUGUGGUACAUUUUCACGACAAGCACAAAAAUCAAAACAGAUCAUCACAAUCGUCCCUGUUUCAAAACUCACAUUUGCAAUUGACUGAGAAAAACAAACAAAAAAAGUCACAUGUUCACUGCACCAAAUCACUUUUUUGGGGGGGUUACAUAAUCAAUCUAAGUGUCUGCUUUUCAAAAUGCAAUAUUCACUUUACUUUUGAUAUGAGUUUCUUGUCAUUUGUUAACAAUGCAAUUAUCUAUCACUUAAUCAAACUGCUCAAAACUGAUAACUACUGAGCCACAAGUAUGUACUGCCUAGUUAACGUAUAUAGUUUGAUAACUGUUGAACACUGUAAAUGUCUAUAUUUUUUUACCUAAAUGUAGCAAUUUGACAUCAAUUUAUGUUGGAAGGUAAAAGCAUAUGGAUGUGACUGUAAAUACUACAUCAUCAUUCUCCAUCAGCCAGUGUGCUUUCAAAACUGUUCUUUUUGAAGUGCUGAAUAGAAAGAAUACUAGAUGGUAAAUAUAUAUUUUCCAUACAGUAUUUGACUCUAACUUGACAUACCAUUUUUUUUAAACAAUUUGUAUCCAAUGGCAGGUUGUGAGCACGUUGAGAAAUAUGUCAGUUUAACGGUUUCAUAAUCCGUAUACAGCACACGUGUAGGACAAAUCAUCACAAAUAGGGAUAUUGUAAAGCAGUUGGCUACUGUAAAAACGUAGUAAGGGCGUUGUGUGCUAUUUCUGCCGCAUGCAACAUUGUGAAAGAUCACCAUUUUCUACGUGACUUGUCAACUAAUACAGUAUCGUCUGUCGCUCUGUUUGAAAUUCGUCAGCUUACAAUGUACAAAUGAAAUUCAGAUGAUGAGUGAAAUAUAUUAUUAUACACAAUACAGGUAUUUCAACACUACACUAUCAUUCCAAAUGGUAGCACACAGAGUGACUCUUUCCAUUUGGUCCUAUUGGAGGACACUGGCUGAUGGAGAAUGAUGUAGUAUUUAUAGUCACAUCCAGGAUUUGGAUUUACCUUACAACAUAAAUUGAUGUCAAACUGAUACAUUUAUGAGGUAAAAAAAAAUAUAGAAAUGUACAGUGUUCAGCAGUUAUCGAACUGUAUACGUAAAGUAGGCAUUACAUCAUUUUGGUUCAGUAGUUAUCAGUUUUGAGCAGAUUUAUUAAGUGAUAGAUAGUUGUAUUCUUAACAAAUUAUAAGAAAAUCAUAUAACAAAAUGAAGGGAAUAUUGCAUUUUGAAAAGCAGGUACUUAGAUUGACUAUAUAUCCAAAUUGAAAGAGUGAUUUGAUGCAGUAACUUUGUGAAUUUGUUUGUUGUACUCAGUCAAUUGAAAAUGUGCUUAGAGUUUUGAAACAUGAGCCAUUUUAAUGAUCUGUUUAGAUUUUUGUGCUUGUUGUGAAAAUGUACCACAUACUUGUGAAAAUUGCACCAAAGGGUUUGAAAAAAAUGUCAUCCACAGCCUAUGACAUUCUGACGGAUUCUAUUGGUAAUUUUAGUUGUGGCAAUCGAAUUGUACAACGUUUUUAGUGAACCUAUUAACCAGUCCCUUCCCAAACAGAUGAGGCAUAAUCACUAAUCAUUUCAAAAUGUGUGCCAGACUGUGAGAAGAAUACUGACAAUGAUAGGCGAAGGACGACAGGGAUUGUUGCUGACAAAGUUGAGGAAAGUCAUUUUUCUCACUCGUGGACACAAAUGGUGCACGAUUCAACAUUGGAAUGUGAAAACAGUAGAAACUGGAUGAGAUAAUGUUGACACACCGCUUGAAUGGAUGUAAGACUUUUGUGUUGGAACGUCAUCACACAUGUUCUGAGCAGCCAACAGUGAGGGGUGGGCCCUGAAAGUUACAUGCUGCCCCAUGGAAUGGCCAGCUUUCGCAACGACUCUUAUCUGACCUGGAAGACUUGUAGGGACCUUGAAUGGCUUGUGGGGACAUUAAAUGGCUUGUGUGGACUUUGCAGGUUAUGUAUGUUCAACUCAACAUGCUGUGUCAGAAGCAGAGCAGCAAUUCUGAGAUGGUACAUUGAGCUUCAAGUCUUCUAUAUUGACAUUUAAAUCGAGCUGUAAAUAAAAUAUGAUCAACAAGAA